CACUUAUACAAAACCCCAACUCCAACACAGAGACGCUCAUAUCAUAUCAUCCCUCUAUCUAUCUCUAUCACCCCCCAAAUCGCCUCCAAAAUUUCAGAGAGAGAAAGCAACAGAGUGAGAGAGAGAGGGCUGAGAAUGGCGAAACUAGGACCAACCCCAGAUGCGAUUUCGACCAUUUUGGCCUGUCCGGAUCCGAGUGGGUCGGUUGAGCGGCCUGAUAUCGUGAUCCAGGUCCUCGAUCUCGGUCCCAGGGGCAUUACUUACAAGUUUACUGCUAGUGAUGGAAAGAUGAAGCUGAAGGGGAUGUUCUCCUCCCAGCUGGCUUCCCAGAUUACCUCUGGGAACAUUCAGAACCUGGGUCUCGUUCGCAUUCUGGAUUAUGCUGUUAAUGAGAUUCCUGGCAUGUCUGAAAACUAUGUGCUUGUAAAACAAUGCGAGGUGGUCUCACCUGCACUUGAGACGGAGAUAAAAAAUGAGGUCAAAAGUGAGGUCAAAAGUGGAGAAGUUGGCAUUAUUUUGAAACCCAAGCAAGAAAUGCUUUCCAAAUCAGCUUCUCAAAUUGUGCAUGAGCAGAAUGGAAAUAUGGCCCCGGCUGCGCGAAUGGCCAUGACCCGGAGGGUUCAUCCGCUUGUUUCCUUGAAUCCUUACCAAGGAAAUUGGACCAUAAAGGUUCGUGUUACAAACAAGGGUACUAUGCGUACCUACAAGAAUGCUAGAGGUGAAGGCUGUGUCUUCAAUGUGGAGUUGACAGAUGAAGAAGGCACACAAAUUCAAGCAACAAUGUUUAAUGAAGCUGCAAAGAAGUUCUUUGAGAAGUUUGAAUUAGGGAAGGUUUAUUACAUUUCAAAGGGAUCUCUAAGGGUUGCUAACAAGCAGUUUAAGACAGUGCAAAAUGAUUAUGAAAUGACUUUAAAUGAGAAUUCUGAGGUUGAAGAAGCUAUCAAUGAAGCAGCUUUUGUUCCUGAAACAAAAUUCAAUUUUGUUCCAGUUGAUAUGUUAGGUCCCCAUGUUAAUGGGAAGGAGCUUGUGGAUGUCAUUGGAGUUGUUCAAAGUGUGUCUCCUACAAUGAGCAUCAGAAGGAAGAGCAACAAUGAGAGUAUUCCAAAGCGUGAUAUUACCAUUGCUGAUGAAACGAAAAAGACAGUUGUGGUUUCUCUGUGGGGUGAGCUUGCAACUAGUGUAGGCCAGGAACUGCUUGACAUUGCCGAUCAAUCUCCCAUAGUUGCUAUCAAGUCCCUCAAAGUUGGAGACUUCCAAGGUGUGUCAUUGUCAACACUGAGCAGGAGCACAGUAGUAGUCAAUCCUGAAUUAUCUGAAGCAAAGAGAUUGAGGUCCUGGUAUGAUUCUGAAGGUAAAGGGGCUUCAUUGGCCUCUGUUGGCAAUGGUAUGAGCCCUUUAGCCAAGAGUGGAGCAAGGUCCAUGUACUCUGACAGAGUCUCCUUGUCUCAUAUAUCUGAUGACCCAUCCUUGGGUGAGGAUAAGCCUGUGUUUUUCAGUGUUAAAGCGUUUAUAAGUUCCAUCAGGCCUGAUCAGGCACUGUGGUACCGUGCUUGCAAAACUUGCAACAAGAAAGUAACUGAAGCUAUUGGGUCUGGUUAUUGGUGUGAAGGGUGCCAGAAAAAUGAUGAAGAAUGCAGUUUAAGGUAUAUAUUAGUUGCAAGAGUCACUGACGCAAGUGGGGAAGCAUAUCUUUCUCUAUUUAAUGAAGAAGCAGAGAGGGUUAUUGGGUGCUCUGCAGAUGAGCUGGACAAAUUGAAAUCACAGGAGGGAGAGGAGAACCCAUACCAACUGAAGCUGAAACAAGCUACUUGGGUUCCUCAUCUUUUUAGGGUCAGUGUUUCUCAGAAUGAGUACAAUAACGAGAAGAGGAAAAGGAUAACUGCCAGGGCAGUUGCUCCUGUUGAUUUUGCUGCUGAAUCAAAGCUUUUGCUAGAAGAGAUAUCAAAGAUGAAAGCUUCCCAAUAGAAGAAUUGUCUAAUGGAAAGUGUGUGCAGAAACCCAUAGAGAACAAACGAAGAUGAGGAUGGUGUCUGCUUGGGCAGGCAAUGUAUUCUGUAGCUUUUUAAUCUCUGCCUUUAAGAUAUUACUGGUUUAGUUUUUACAUGUUGGGGAAAAGGGCAGUUGGGAUUAAUUGCAAAUGUUGGUUAUCUAGUUGUAUAAAUGGUGGGUUUUUUUGCAUUCUAGAAAAGAAAUGCUUGAUAUUUAUCUAGUUGUAUAAACGGAGUUCCUUUAUAAUCCUUUGUGCGAUUGGCAUUUACGUUCAAUUUCAUCUUUCUUCCCUGGGAUUUUGGCAUAAGAACUAAA